AUAAAGGGGAAGAUGGUUCAGACGCAGUGAUUCCAACACAGCACGGUUGGGGGCUCUUUCCUUCUUCUCCUUCUAGAUUCCAACUCGCCGCGUUGACUCGGUCCGGGUUGGGGUUUUAGUUCGGAUUUUGAUUCUCUCCGACACGACCCUCGGAUCUAAAUCCCGUUCGAGGAAAAAGCAAAGGGCAUAUCACAAUGAAGGCAUUGAUUUUGGUUGGGGGGUUUGGAACAAGGUUGAGGCCAUUGACACUCAGUUUCCCUAAGCCUCUUGUUGAUUUUGCCAACAAGCCCAUGAUUCUGCAUCAGAUUGAGGCUCUUAAGGCCAUUGGAGUUUCUGAAGUGGUACUAGCCAUCAAUUACCAACCAGAGGUUAUGUUGAAUUUCUUGAAGGAUUUUGAAGCAAAGCUCGGCAUCAAGAUCACUUGUUCUCAAGAAACUGAACCACUGGGAACUGCAGGCCCCCUGGCUCUUGCCAGGGAUAAGCUGAUAGAUGACUCUGGAGAGCCCUUUUUUGUUCUCAACAGUGAUGUUAUCAGUGAGUACCCGCUUAAAGAAAUGAUCGAAUUCCACAAAUCCCAUGGAGGAGAGGCGUCCAUAAUGGUAACAAAGGUUGAUGAGCCUUCAAAAUAUGGUGUGGUUGUGAUGGAGCAGACGACAGGACUGGUUGAGAAAUUUGUAGAGAAACCGAAGUUGUUUGUUGGUAACAAAAUCAAUGCUGGAAUUUAUCUGUUGAACCCCUCUGUUUUGGAUCGAAUUGAACUGAGGCCCACUUCUAUUGAGAAAGAGGUGUUUCCAAAGAUUGCUGCAGAGAAAAAGCUUCAUGCAAUGGUCCUGCCAGGAUUCUGGAUGGACAUUGGACAACCGAGGGACUAUAUUACUGGCCUGAGGCUUUACCUGGAGUCAUUGAGGAAGAAGUCUUCUUCUAAGUUGGCCAGUGGCCCUCACAUUGUGGGGAAUGUCAUUGUGGAUGAGACUGCCAAAAUUGGUGAGGGAUGUCUCAUUGGACCUGAUGUCGCUAUUGGUCCUGGCUGCAUUGUUGAGCCAGGUGUUAGGCUCUCGCGCUGCACAGUCAUGCGAGGAGUCCGGGUUAAAAAGCAUGCAUGCAUAUCCAGUAGUAUUAUUGGGUGGCAUUCCACUGUUGGGCAAUGGGCUCGUGUGGAGAAUAUGACUAUCCUUGGAGAAGAUGUCCAUGUAUGUGAUGAAAUUUACAGCAAUGGUGGCGUGGUUUUACCCCACAAGGAGAUCAAGUCAAGUAUUUUGAAGCCAGAGAUAGUCAUGUGAGGUCAAUGUUGUUCAAAAUGGUAGCAUGGGAUGAAGAGGUAGUAAGUUAUUUAGUCUGAAACUUGUUUGUUCGUUUCAUCUGUUUUCCCUUUUCCUUCAUCCCAUCCUUUUCUUUCACCCCACGCAGUGUACAAGUCAGUUUUUCGAUUAUAACGAGUGACGUCAUUACAAUGUUCAAAGGUCAGAAUCUUUGUAAAGGUCGAAAGUUUGAUCUGCUGUGCAAAGUUUGUGUAAUUUUCAGGGUAUGUAUAGGAAUAAAUUAUUAAUUACUUGUUUCUUUCCAGCUAUUACAACUCACUAGGAAAAAGCUAAGACGUAUUUCAAUUUACGAUUAAAUGUGCGAAAUCAUAAUUAUAUACCUGUCAUUGCUGCUGCA